CGUUUGCCUCACUUAUCACUCGUUUGUUCUUUCGUAAAGGCAAAACGCUCUGUCUUGGCCAAGACACCAUUUCCAACGUAGCAACAUACACUCAACCACACAUAGACAGGUAUAUCUUCUUCCUCCUCCUCCCACAUAAUACUGCCACAGCAAAAAGAAAACUCAACUCAACCAUAGCCUUUACUGGAAAAUAAACAACCCACAAUACAAACGCCAAACACCCAUCCCUCUCUUAUAACAGCCAGAAGACAAACAUGGUGGGCCAAACGCGACAGACGUCACUCAGGGAGGUACGGAAAGCCCUCAAUGCUAAUCCUUUGAAUCCUUACGUCCACAUCUUCAAGCAACUUUUGGAAAAUGGCAAAAAUGGCCCUCUGAAAGGUAGCGCGGUCGCCAGGGCGCGGUUCGGGUCUGAUAUGGUGCUACUGAAGAAGCAAAUUGCCUUCAACACAGAGGCCCAGAAAAAUAUAUCGACCCCAGAAAAAGUUCGCGAUAUCCUCCUUCGGGACCUGGCGACUCACAAAGAGAGCUCGGACGCCCCGGUCUACAGUCCAAUCGUCGACCCUCACACUGGCGAAUGGGCUAUGCCCGCAGACGAUGAAGUCGCUGCCAAAACACUGAUCAACGGGCUCCUGAACAAAAACUACAAGACCAUGGGUUGGAUAGCUAGUCUUAAGAGCCCUGUUCUAGACUCCAUGAGCACCUGGCCAGAUUACGAUAAGACGCACAUCUCGCAGACGGGAAUGGAGACCUGCAUCAUGCCCAACGAAACUCGGAUCAAUCUUCAGCACCAGAAUGAGACAAUGGCCUAUAUAAACCUCCUCGUUGGCGAAAUCGUAUGGAUGAUCUGGCCUCCAAUCCCAGACAACAUAGCCAAGAUGCAAGCUGCGUACGACGCAGAUGCCAACGCAAAACCCGAGGACCCCGUGGGCGUGAACGACUUUGACGACGUUGCGCUCUCGCUCGUGGGAGGCGUCACGUGUGUGCAUGCUCCUGGUGAGGUUCUGGUCGUGCCACCGUUCUGUAUGAUGCUGGGUGCGUCCACGCGACCGACGGCGUUUGUGCGAUACGGUGUUUUCCAAGCUGAUCGCGUAGUCCCUACGCUGCGCAUGAUGCCGUUUAUCAAGAGUUGGUGGACUAUGGAACAUUUGAAUCAAGAGACGCGGUUCUCGUUUGCGGCUGCCCUCGCGGACACUAUAAAGGCUAGCUUGAGUGGUGUGCUUGACGAUGUCUUGCCAGAGCAAUUCGCCGUUGCUUCUGCGCAGCGGGGAGAGAGGCUCGGGUUGAUGGGAAACCUGGUGGGGAACUGGGAUGGAGUCAAGGAUGGGCUUGUGGAAAUCUUGAGAGAGGAGCACGCGGAGGAAUUGAGGAAGACGGCGAAGGAGUUCCUGGGGAAAGUGGCCGAGACGUCAUGGAUGUGUGCGAUCUGUGGAAAGACGCCUGAGGAGGGGGUCACUAUGGAGGACCACUUCGACAUGAAUCACUGGCCGCAGGGGAGUCUUGAGAUCGGGUACAACGAGGUCGAACACGGUGGACAGGCAGACGACAAUGCAGAGGCUGCGGAUCAAAUGGAAGGAGUGGAGCGCGAGCAGGAUACCCGUGAACAGGCCGGACCGUCUACGACAACUACGCUGCCUUUACGACAGGUUUCGUCGAACGCGAAUAUUCUGGUGGACACAGAGCAGAUGGAGGGCGUGGAAGGUGCCGGUGAAUAGCCCGGAUCACUCGUGCAAGGUCGUUGAUUUCAAUGAUGUGAAGGUCGUCGUACUAGCAACGACAUCGACAUCCCUCCAAGCGACACUGCCAACGACACGGAAUGGCAACGAGGGUAGUCGAAAGACUUCACUCGUAUCUCCGCUGUACGCUCGU